AUAAUCCAGUAAAUUUAAAACUUAUAAUCCAGUAAAUUGAAAACUUUUAAUCCAGUAAAUUAAAAACUUGUAAUCCAGUAAAUUGAAAAAAUCCCAGAACCUUACAACAUCAUGGGCUAUAUCAUAGUUUUUUUAUUUUUAUAGUCAAACCUACUCUAGAAGUAAUCGAGGUUCGCGCACGAAUGGGACAACCCUCUUGCAUGAAAUCCAAAUAUUGGUUGGCGUGAACUUCACUUGAUGCAUUCCCUAAUCCUUGUUUUCUAUUUUAAAAAUACCGCGAUGGGUCGGAUAGCGACGACGCAGGUCACGAAGUUGGUUCAUCGCUAACCUGCUGACUUUUAUAUCGAUUCAUUUUACACGCACACAGGUACUAUACGUUUUCGAAGUGAGAGGGACGAAGAUGCAUAUCAGUGUACGACAGUCAAGGUCGAGUCCCGGUUUCGUUGUUGCUGCUGCUGCUGCUGUGGGCGCAUAUUUUUGUCGUGCACCGGUGCUGAUGGCCAUGUUUGGCACGGGGAUUUGAUGAAUGUUCUAAUUUGGCGUUAUCGAGUCAUAAUCGGCGGGGGGUUGUAUUUGUAAAUUUUUUUUUUCGGGAGGGGUGGUGGUGACGCAAGAUGGAGAGGAGUUUGGAGGAAAACCGGUUGAACCCUUGGGACAUUGCUGUGGUUGGCGUGUAUUUCGCCCUGGUGCUUUUGGUUGGUGUUCUGUCCAUGUGUAGAAAAGGAAGAGGAACUGUGAGUGGAUAUUUCCUGGCUGGGAGACACAUGAUUUGGUUACCGGUGGGAGCAUCUUUAUUUGCUAGUAACAUAGGAAGUGAGCACUUCAUUGGACUUGCUGGGUCUGGAGCUGCUUCAGGGAUUGGAGUUGGAGCAUUUGAGUUUAAUUCCCUUGUGAUGUUGCAAGUUCUUGGAUGGAUCUUUCUCCCAGUCUUCAUCGCCAGUGGGGUUUGUACCUUGCCGGAAUACAUGAACAAGCGCUUUGGGAGCACCAGGAUACGGGUUUACCUUGCGGUUCUCUCCAUGUUUCUUUAUGUCGUCACCAAGAUUUCUGUUAACCUGUACAGUGGAGCAUUGUUUAUUAAGCAAGGCCUGGGAUGGAAUCUGUACGUUUCAGUGCUGAUCCUGCUGGCAAUAACUGCAGUCUGUACCAUUGGACCAGGCCUUGCAGGUGUGAUCUACACAGACACACUCCAGUUCUUCAUCAUGAUGAUUGGUUCCUCCAUCCUCAUGGUUAAAGCUUUUACAAAAGUUGGAGGAUUUGCUGCCCUGCAAGAGAAAUAUAUGGCUGCUGUGGGGGAACAUGUGCCAAAUAGUACUUGUGGGAUUCCCAGGGAAGACUCAUGGGUGAUGUUGAGGGAC